AUUGAGCAUCCUUACACCAGAUCAACAAAAUAUGCUGAAGAAGAUACUCCUUGUUGCGUUUGCCCUGACUGCGGUCAGGGCUCAGGUACCUAGCUUAGGAUGGUGUCCUGAUUACGUACCUAUGGCUAAUUUUGAUAUCGGAAAGUUUCUAGGAACGUGGUACGAAGCCGAAAGAUAUUUUCAACUCUCAGAAGUAGUGUCACGUUGCGUGAUGGCUAAUUACUCCCGCGGUCAUGAUAAUAAAUUGCGUGUGAGCAAUGAAGUUACCAACAGAUUUACCGGAAUAAAACGUGUUCUCGAGGGUGAGAUAAAACCAGCGGCUUCUAAAGCUGAGGAAGGAAAACUACAUAUUAGAUACACAACUGUGCCACUAACACCGGAAACAAAUUAUGUAAUCUUAGAAACUGAUUACAAGAAUUUUGCUGUUUUAUGGAAUUGCAAUGGUAUUGGUCCUUUUCAUACACAAAACGCCUGGAUUAUGACACGAGCGCGUAUUCCUCCUGGCGACGUUUUACAACAGGCUUACGGAGUAUUGGACAAAUAUAAAAUAUCAAAAACUUUCUUCGUAAAAACUGAUCAAGAAGAUUGUGCGUUUUUAGACUCUCUGGGAUCAACUGAAAAGCCAAUAGCACCUCCACAAUCAGACAUCCCCGUAGAAGAAGCUCCUCAACAGUUGAGGUCAGCUAUUACGCCUGAUAAGACGCAUGUCAAUAAAAUCAAAGACACGGAAAAAAAAGUAGAGGAGCCUGUUGAAAAAAUAGAGCCUACUGUUAAUGUAAAAGCUGUAAAAACUGACGCUCCGGAAAAAAUUGAGGAAGGAAAAGAAGAUGAGGAAAAAAAAAUAAUUGCCGAUAAGAAAGAAGCUAUUGUUAUUAAAGAGGUUAAAGACGAGCCCACUGAUAAGGAGUCUGAGGAUAAAAUUACUCCGGUUAAAGUUCCGGAGGUGAUUUACAAAAAAAGCGCGGAGAAAAAUGAAGAGAAAGAGAAAGAAGAAAAAAUAAUUGAAAAAGAAGAAAACAACACGGAGAAAGCGGAGGCAAUUGCUGCCGAAAUACCGAAAUUGGAACCUGUUGCCGAGACACCUGAUUCAAAGCCCGAAGAACAAGCCCCCAAUUCUCAAGCGGAUACGCCAAAAGAGGAACUCAAAAAUGAGAACAAAGUUUGAUUGAUUGGUUAUUUUUAAUUUUAUUUUUAAGCACG